GCUAGGAUGGCUGACACUGUAGGGCCACACCUCAGCGCUGCCUCCAUAUAGGUAUCCAAUUCCCUCAGCUCAGCUGAGAACUCAUCCUUUUCGUCGCUUUCGCUGGUCGAUAUAACCCUCGUCACUUGCUCGCUUGGAACUGCUUUCUGUCAGCAUAUUCUGGUAGUCGUUCGCUUGUUGUUAUGUCUGCUCUUCUGGCUCUGGCAAUCCUUUCCGCGCGGGCGCUGGCCGCCCUCACCCCAACCGCUCCUGGUCCUGGUGACACUUUUGCGGCUGGCUCACCGUGCACGAUCAAAUGGGACGCCGACACCAGUGGGACGUGGACGAACGUUUCCAUCUAUCUCAUGACGGGUCCCAACAGCAAUAUGACGCGGCUUGUGACUGUAACCUCUGGUCUUGAUGGCACGGACACAAGUCUCUCUCCGUACAACUGGACCUGUCCUGAGGUCGACCCAUACUCCACCAUCUACUUCUACCAAUUCACUAAUGGAGAUGAUGCACAAGACUCCCAGUGGACGACUCGCUUUACGAUUACCUCAGAAUCGGGCGACAGCGUGGAGCCGGAGCAUCCUACACAGCCGGACGGCGACUCCGUGCCUUGGGGCGAAGGCCAUGUCUCGUCCGAAGACGACGACGAGUCGCCCAAGCACGGGCAUUCCAAAUCAACAUCCUCCACCAACGACACUCCACAGAGCGGCACGGACGACCAAGGUGACGGGACCGCCGACAUGUCGACUGAUGAUGACUCUCAAGACGGGCAAAGCAAGCACGUAGAGGAUGCAUCAACGUCACCCUUUGCCAAACCAUUUUCCGCUGUUACAUCUCUAGGUACUAAGUCCUUGCCAUCGCCCAAUCUGCCCACCAGACCUCCUAAGAGUGGCAGUAUCUCUAAGGAAGUCUCGUUCCCGACCAUCAGCUUGCCUAGAAAGGCACGUCCCCCUAUGCAAGUCAGUCCCUCUUCAGUCAGUCCUGCAAGUGGGACCUCGACGCGCUCGCAGAUGGGACCCGGCAUAUCAAACAUGGACAACAGCCUUCAGCUCGCCAGCGCGGGUUCCACCCAGCGAGGUCAGCGAUGGAAGGCGACUGCUACACUGUAUUGGUUGCUUGCUGCUAUGUUGCUGUAA